CAACCCAAAUGGCCUCCCUCUGAAACUAUUUGAUUUGCACACAACCGGGAGAGUACGUGCGACUAAUCCAAUCCAAUUUCCGGACACACAAAGGCUCGGUGAUUCAUUGAAAAACCACAAGAGACAAACUGUGGAGCUGUGCUGCUACACCUCCUGGCAUUUCUAAUUCCAAUAAAGACACCGGCACCAUUACGGCUGCGCUGAGGGCGCUUCAGAGCGUCCGUAACGACUCCUGCCUGACUGCUCAGGGCUUCCUCGCCAGGGAGUCGUGUUCAGAGAGAAACGGCUUAUAUUGACGUCAAACGGACAUGUGAACGACUUUCCCGCAUGUGCUGGUAUGACAGAGGCGACCGCAGCUGCCAGUUGUGAACAAAUGAGCACCGAAAUCCUCAGCAGACAAUUAACCUGAGAGAGCGCCGCCGGGCUUUUCCAUUAGCCAACACUGUAAGAUCCGGUUAUAUUUUAAACUUUAAUUGAUGCUCCGCUUCUCCAAACUCGUUGUGAAUUCAGGGUUUAGUUGUGAGACGCUGCAUCCCGCUGCUGACAGAGAGACCACUUGUACCGCCGUCACAACUGUGCCAAGAGACAGGGAGUCUUUGAGAGCCACCGGAGCGGACCCGACCGGCAUAUCAAUCAGCGUCCCGGAGCGCGACUCGCUUGGUUCGCGCCGGCGAUAAAAGGCAUUGUCUUAAAGGUGCGUGUGUGUUCGUCUGCGUGUAUGGGGAGCAGAGAGGGGGGAAAUGGCACUUUUUCCGUUUGAAGAAGGAAGGACAGCAACAGUCAGUGGCAAACAAAUGUAAAAACCCAGUCCCCCUCGUCUCGCCACGGGUGCGCACCGGCGGAGAGGCGCAAGACCCGCAGGAUCAUCGAUUCGCACUUUGUGAUCUUGCGCUGCGUAUAUGUGACAGGAGCAGAGAGGAAGCGGUGAACGGCGGGAUUAAGGGCUGCUCCUCCUGAACGAAAGACUCAAAUUAUUUAACCAUGAACACCAGGAUAUUGUUUUUGCUUGUUUGUUCUGCGGCAUUUUUCGCUGGGCUGCAGUGCGCCUCGCCGAGGACCACAGCGGGGAUGGAUCCCUCCACCGCCGGCUUCAGCAACAACAACAGCGGCGGUGGCAGCAGCGGGGAAACCGGGGGGAAAAGAGACUUGAACCAAACCAUAAACUCCAGGAUCAAGAGGAAAACCCUGGCCGUGGAUUUUGCGGUCCCUUCUCUGUUGCGCUAUUACCUGGCGGAGUUCAUAAAGAGACCCCUGAAUGGAGACUGCCAGACUUUUAGCGGAUGUUACACGGUGCAUGCAAACUUGCAAAUGCACUGCAUACCUUUGCAGAAAACCAUAUCUACUUUUGUGGACACGAAGUCCGCUACGGACUCUGCACUGAGGAACACGUCCACUGAUGGACAGCUCCCUUUCUUCCUCAAGCGGCCGCUGUCCAAAGUUCUGAAAUUGGGCUUGACGAAAGCCAGCAGGAAAUCGAACCAAGUUGUGGUGGAAAUAGGAGAGGAUAUAGUCAGGACGGGAUGCGGGGGGCUGUCUGUGUACGAGGAGGCCCCAGUGUUCACCUUGGAAAUGGACCUCACAACUAUUCUGGAGUGGUGGCUGGGUGCAGAGGGGGGCCGGCUCAGGGUCCGGCUCAUACCCGAGAAAAAGGCGCAGGUGCCCGGGAUCGAGGAUCGAUACACCGCGGCCAUACGAGCUGCAGACCCCCGCCUCUUCCUUCACAUAUCAUCCCGGGGUGAACAAUUGGCUGGUAGGACCAUUGCCGGAAUUCCUAGAGGGUACUGGAGCUUCUCCUGGGUAGCCGAGGACGACCUGAGCUUUCCCAGCGACUCCAUGCCCGCAUCAGAUCACCGAUGUCCUGGCAGAACCUGUGAUCAGCACCUGGAAAGUACGCCAGAGUUCACAUGGAGCAUAGUGGCUGACGGAGACCUGCGGGAGGAAAGAAACGAGAAAAACGAAAAGAAGGCAGGAAGUCCCCAGGGUUGGGAGGAAGGUAAGAAUGAAGGUCAGUUCCUCUGGGUGAACAGUUCAGCCUUUGGUGGUCCCUGGGUGCUGAGUCCUUGGCUGUGGGGGGGCCAGGGUCAAUGUAGUCUGGACAUGGCUGUGUUCUUCCACCCCAAGCAAAGUGGGAAGUACACCAUAUGGUUCAUAGAGCGGGACAAACCUCCACUUGCCCUCUUCUCCACUGACACGCUGCCACGCAUCACAGGCUGGGCAGUGGUCCACCUCACCCUGGGGACCCAUGGAGGAUCUCCUUUUCGAGUCUCGUCCAGCUACGAUCAGCGGAUUCCACAGGAUGACGCAGCCACCAUCGAGCCCCAUUUCACCACCAACUGCACCAUGGUGUCCUCACCCGGCCCUAACAUCACACUGGAGGGCCAGUACCACUGUCACCAGGGGCCUGGGAUCCCACUGGACAAACUAUGCGACUUCAACACAGACUGUCCACUCGGCGACGACGAAGGCGACCUAUGUCGUCAUUUUCUCAAUGGCAGCUACUGCUCUUUUGAAGAGGGCGAGUGCAGUUGGCAGUCAAUAACAGGCCGCAGUCUCUACUGGAGAAGACUCCAGUCACCAGCCAAGGCUACCAGACAGGGCUGCCCAUCAUCAGGUGCUACAUUCACUGUGGAAGGCCAGUCCAAAAGCCAACGUGGCUCAGCAUUACUGAGGAGUCCUCUCUUUCCUCCUCCUCUAAGAAACUCCCCUUGCACUGUGCGAUUCUGGAUGUGUUCUGGAGGCUUACAGAAGGGGUCACUGUCUUUGUGGAUCGUGGAGAACAGUACAGGCCCUGAGGAGCAGCGCAGACUGUGGCAUUCAGCCAGUGAACCCAAAUCUGAAAGGGGAUGGAAAUUCAUCAUACUUCCCCUUUAUGGACUGGCAGACUGGUUCUGGCUGCAGUUCAGCACAGAAGAUGGACCUGGACGCGGUUCAGCCAUCUCUCUUGACAACAUCUCUUUUAGUAUGGACUGCUUCCUGGCAUCCAACGGCGAGUUUCCACCAAUGAUCACCAGCACAACCAAGAUGACGCCCUCGUCCAUCGGAAGUCCUCUGUCCAAAAAAUGGAUUUUUCAUACCUGUGGGGCUGUGGGACCUGAAGGCCCAACUCCCACUCAGUGCCUCAACUCCUACAGGAACAGCAACGUCAACGUGACAGUAGGCACCCGAGGGCCCUUCAAAGGCAUUCAGAUGUGGCGGGUCCAGGAAACUGGCACCUACAGGAUCACAGCCUACGGUGCAGCUGGCGGUCGAAGCGUAAUGGCCAUGAGCAGGUCACAUGGUGUCUACAUCACAGGAGACUUCCUGCUGAGGAAGGGCGAGCUGCUUUACAUCCUGGUGGGACAGCAAGGAGAGGAUGCAUGCCCCAAUUCCAACAUCAUGCUGAAUAAGAUCUGCCUGGAACAGAGCAGCCCGAUGGUGAACAAAACACAAGUGAAAGGGGGCGGAGGAGGAGGUGGCGGGGCUACGUAUGUGUUUAAGGUGGACAAAGGACUGUACAUCCCCCUCAUCAUUGCUGCUGGGGGAGGUGGACGUGGCUACAGCAGCCAAUCAGAGACCCAGCUGGAGCAGAGGGACUAUGAUCCCAGCCAACCGGGACGCAACGGGAAGUCAAAUGCUGCAGGUGGAGGCGGAGGUUGGAAUGACAGUGCUCCCAUCAGUCAGGGUGGCAGACCGCUGGUGCUGGGAGGUCAGGGAGGACAGGCCUGUCAAAAGUUCUGGCAGACCCACGGCGGCUUCGGGGGCGGCGGGGGUGGCUGUAUGUCCGGGGGCGGCGGUGGAGGCUACAGAGGUGGUAACACCUCCAUAGAUAACAACCCCAAACACGACGGUGACGAUGGCACAUCAUUCCUUGGCCCCGAGGGAGAGCUCUUCCUCUUUCCUCUGAAAGCUAUGGAAGGGGAUGGUGAGGUGAUCAUUAGUCCAGUGCCAAACUGCAGCCAUUGUGUGAGCGGUGAAUGCUACGAGAUCCAGGACAGUACCCUCUGCUACUGUGAUGAUGACCUCAUCCUGGCACCAGACGGUGUGUCCUGCAUCAACACUACAGAGGUAAUCGUGCUGACUCCCCAGCCGUCUCUCUCCCACCUGGCGCUGGGUCUGUCAGUGGGCACCUCGGCCCUCAUCGCCGCCCUGCUGCUGGCCGUGUCCGGAGUCAUGAUAAUGUACAGGCGUAAGCACACAGAGCUGCAGUCUAUUCAGCUGGAGCUGCAGAGUCCAGACUGCAAGCUCAGUAAGCUGCGGGCCUCCACCAUCAUGACCGACUACAACCCCAACUACUGCUUCGCCGGCAAGACGGCAUCGGUAAAUGACCUGAAGGAAGUACCGCGACGUAAUAUCUCCCUCACCAGGGGUCUGGGUCACGGGGCUUUCGGUGAAGUCUACGAAGGGCUGGCAGUGGGGAUACCAGGUGAACUAAGUCCACUGCAAGUGGCAGUCAAGACCCUUCCAGAAGUUUGCUCUGAGCAAGAUGAAUUGGACUUCCUCAUGGAGGCUCUAAUAAUCAGUAAGUUUAGCCACCAGAACAUUGUGCGUUGUGUAGGAGUGAGUCUGCAGGCCAUGCCCAGGUUCAUCCUGCUGGAGCUGAUGACUGGUGGAGACCUCAAAACCUUCCUGAGGGAGACCAGACCCCGACUGGAGCACCCGUCCAGCCUGACCAUGGUGGACCUUCUCAAUGUGGCCAGAGACAUUGCUAAGGGCUGCCAGUAUCUGGAAGAGAACCAAUUUAUACACAGGGACAUUGCUGCUCGGAAUUGCCUACUGACCUGCAAAGGACCGGGCCGUGUGGCCAAGAUUGGAGAUUUUGGGAUGGCUCGAGACAUUUACAGGGCGAGCUAUUACAGGAAGGGUGGGCGUGCCAUGCUGCCAGUGAAGUGGAUGCCACCUGAAGCCUUUAUGGAGGGCAUCUUCACAUCUAAAACAGACACGUGGUCAUUUGGGGUUCUACUGUGGGAGAUCUUCUCCUUGGGCUACAUGCCAUAUCCAAGUCGCAGUAACCAGGAAGUGUUGGAGUUUGUAACCAAUGGUGGAAGAAUGGACCCACCUAAAAACUGCCCUGGACCAGUGUACCGUAUAAUGACUCAGAGUUGGCAGCAUCAGCCUGAAGACAGACCCAACUUCUCAACUAUCCUGGAGAGAAUUGACUACUGCUUACAGGACCCUGAUGUGGUGACCAUGCCCCUGCCUAUAGAGUACGGACCUGUUCCUGAAGAGGAGGAGCGUGUACCCAUGCGCCCUGAUGACCCCUCAGCUCCGACCGUGCUUGUGAAUGCCCAGGUGCCUGAUGGGGAGGCUCCACAGCCGCCCCCAUCCUAUCCUUCAGAGGAGAACCGGAGAGGUGGGGAGCACAGUGUGGUGACUAGCACAGCGUUGGAGGCCAAAGCACAGAUGUCAGCCCAGCCCCAGCCAUACCUGCAACAGCACCAACAGCCUCAAACGCAGACCUCCAUCACCAUGACAACCACUAACACGGUGACCUCCACCUCUACACUCACUGCCAAGGGACCUCAUGUCACCACCCAGCCCAGCCCUGAGGGGGGCCACAUCAACCUGGCGUUCACUCAGGGCCACCCACAAGAGAAGGAGGGCCACAACGGGAAGAACACCAGUCUCUGGAACCCAACAUACGGCUCGUGGUUCCUGCAGCAGAGGAAGCAGCAGCAGCAGCAGCAGCAGCAGCAGCAGCAGCAGCAGCAGCAGCAAAGGCAGGUAGGGGUGGGGGGAACAGGAGGGAGCAGUGGAAGGGUGCCCGGCGAGGGGCAGGAGCACAUGGGCCGGACUGUGGCUGAGGUGGCAGGGGCGCUGGGCCUCCAGCACCAGCACAAGCAGUUCCAGCAUCAGCUCCAGCAGCAGCACCAGCUCCAGCUGCUGCACCACCAGCAGCAGCAGCAGGGUCUUUGCAGACCUCUGUUACCCCCACCGCCACCUCCUGCUGCCCAGUCACCUCUCCUUUUAGAUUCAGCCGCAUUGCCCCCAGUACCCCUCUACAGACUGAGACGAUUCCCCUGUGGGAACAUCGGUUACGGCUACCAGGAGCAAGGCAUGCCGCUGGAGGCCACCCACGGUAACCCCAACCCCCCUCCUCCACCCCAGCAGGGCACCUCCAUGCCCUCCUCAACAGCCCAUCCAAGGGGGGGCUCCAUUCCCACGUCAGUGUCCCUGAGUCGGUCAGCUAUGUCCGAGGACAGCCGUCCACUGCUAGUCACCAUGGGGACGGUACAGGACCCCAGGCUUCCCAGGUUGGAGGGCCACAACGCCACCGUGCUUUAGCCCAAAUGCCUGUACCGCUGAUCAUUUUUACAGGCCCUGUCUUUGGAGACUGUGUGUUCAGGACACAUAGCAGGAAACACUGUGUCAGGACAGAGACCAUUUUACACCACCCCUACCAUCCCACCAUUUUGGUUUCUCCUUCCAAUUUGGAAAGAACCCAUCUAGCUGAAAGAAAGCUUUUCCCGUGAGGUGUGUUAAAAUUCCCAAUGGAUGUUAAAGCACAUCAGAGAACUAAAAAAAAAAAAAGCUUUGGGAGGCAAAAUGUAGAGUAAAGGCUAGUUUUGAGAGUUUAAAAAAAUGUAUUUUUUCAACACUGGAGGGUUUCUGACUGAGAGAGAUACUGAGAAAGAAUCAGAUGGAGAGUUUAUGGCACAGGAAGACAACUUUCCAUCUGGUAGAGACCAGGAGGGAGCACAUAUGCCAUGUGUUCAUUGACAGCUGAGGAUGUCUCUUGUCUAUGAGAACGGACUAUUAGGAAGAUUCAAAUCUCUAUAUUUUGCCAGACUUUCAUUCACAAACUUUGGUCACCAGUUUGACUGUAGCAUCUGCGAAGUUGUCUGCAGCUGCCAGCUACACGUGUCAGUUCUACUGCAGAGUCCUCACACUGUUCCUUACCCACAUCCUUUUGGAAAACAACAGUGCGGUAAAUUACUUGUAUCAGACUAUUUUUCAAGAAUAUCACUGGGACACUGGGUUACCAGAGACAUUUAUAUGACAAAAAAAAUACUGGGAAAAAUGUGUUUGUUGAUGUUUGCUUGCCUGCUUGUUUAUUUAUUCAUUUGUUUAUUUAUUAUUUGGAAGUGGCUCUAUAAAUUAUUCAUGAACAUGCUUCAUAUCCAAACAAAUUCAUUUCACAUCAACUGGUUUUCACUUGAGGUUUCUUUUGAAUUGCAGGAAUUUCUUUUUGGUAACAAGGUAAGGAAGGAGAGAUUGAACAAUCCCAAAAACAAGACUUUAAAUAUCGUGAAUGGUUUGUAAGAACACUGAUACAGGAAAUCAGCUGUCCUUUACAGUGGCCUUUAAGGUGAAGAUAAAUAGAGCUCUGAAGCAGGUUAGGGAGAUUAUUUGACAAAAGAAUAUGAGAGAUUAGGGACGAGCCACCCUCAGCAACAUUUAAGAGUUCAGCUUUUUACUGUUGCUGAACAUUUGUAAUAACUGGUUGCCCCUGGUACUAUUGAAAUCGCUGCUCCGCGACUCUCUUUUGUUCCCAACUCCAUUCUGUUCAACAUGUGCUUUGAGACAGUGGAGUUGAGGCUUUUCCUUACUUGUGGCUUUUUCAGUAACCUUUUAUUAAUUCAUUUCUUGUUUAAAAAAAAAAAGUGUUUCUUUCCCUUUUUUGUCUGGAUAUAGAAACAUAGUGGAUAUUGCUGAAUCAAUCUUAACCUUCAAAUUGCUAUCUCGAAGCACUCUACGAUCCUAAAUUUGCAUAUUUUAUCUUUUCUAUUAUAGGAUGAGUGUUGUGGAAUACAAAUGAGUCUGAGUGAAAAGUUUGAAUGCAAAGCCGAGACCAGUCUGAGUCUCACUGCGUUCAUUUUCACACACGUGUUCAAAGUCUGCUUUCUUCAGUUUAAGGACAGUUACACACAGUAUAUCUAUCGGAUUAUUCCGUGAGCGUGGCGGUGUUGAUAUUUAGGUGAAUGACGACAAUAUGUGUCAGUUUUUUGAUGCUUUUGCUUGACUGUAUUCGGCAACCCUGUCAGUCCUUUUGCUGUAAAGCAAUGAUGAGCUGUCAUGUAUGUGUCAUGCCUCUCAGUGACUGAUUAGGACAAAUGCAUUCCUAUAGGCCAAGUCAAUGAGCAAGUUAAAUAUUGACCAAUGAAAAGUAUUUUGCUUUGUCUCCAGUACCUGUGUUAAAUGCAUUCAUUCUGUGUUCACUUCACAGCUCAUCUCCAUCGUUUGAUGUAAAAAGAGAAACUGAACUGCACCUGUAAAUGUUGUAAUUAUAAAGUAUUGUUCUAUGGCUCUGGUAAAAGCUGUAAAUUGCCCUUCAAAAGACAUUCGCCAAAAUUAAUAAAUUACUAUAUAAUAACA